AUGAAUGUAUUUGACGAGAUUGUGCAGCCCACAGUGGUAAACAAGAGUUUGCACGGUCACUUUACAUCUGCAGAAAGGGAAGAGUAUAUCGUCGCGAGGACAAAUGUGCUUUCCAUAUUCAGAUUAUCUCGAGCACAUAAGCUAGUACUCGCGUAUGAAUGGAAAUUGUCUGGAAAGAUAUUAGAUAUGCAGUUGAUACCUCAAUUGGGAUCAUCUUUAAAAAUGCUUGCCAUUUUGUCUUCAAAUUCGAAAUUGUCAUUGGUAAAGUUUGAUCAAACUGUUGAGAGUCUCGAAACUGUGAGCUUACACUACUACAAUGAGAAGUUCGCAAACCUGAGUCUUUCAAAAUUGAAUGUAGAAAGCAUAAUGGCGGUUGAUCCUUCCUUUAGAUGCAUUUUAGUGUUUAAUAACGAUGUUUUGGCAAUAUUACCAUUACAUGUCAACAAAGAAGAUCUGGAUAUGGAAGAGGAGGAAAAUGCAGCAAUUACAGAACCCAAAGUAAAAAGGCCCAAGAUAGACCAAGGUGUAACAUCGGAUAGUAUUAUCAUGCCUGUUUCCAAUCUUCAUAAGACUCUAAAGCAUAUUUAUGAUAUAAAAUGGCUAGAUAACUUCAGUAAGCCAACAUUGGGUAUAUUGUAUCAACCUAUACUUGCAUGGUGUGGUAAUGAGAAAAUUAUGGGAAACACAAUGAGGUUUAUGAUUAUUAGUGUGGAUAUAGAAGACGAAAAAACUACUGUGAUUUCUCAGAUAAGGGACUUACCUAAUGAUUUACAUACUCUGGUACCAUUGACAAAGGGCUACGUUUUAAUUGGUGUUAAUGAACUAUUAUACAUUAGCACAUCAGGUGCGCUGCAAUCAUGUAUACGCCUAAACACUUUUGCAACAUCUAAUAUAAACUCCAGAAUCGUAGAUAAGUCGGAAAUGAAAGUCUUCUUACCUCCAACAUCAAUAUAUUUGCAUAAAAAUUUGAAGAAACAUCAUGAUCUACUUAUUGUCAUGGAUGAGAACUGCAAAAUGUACAACAUAAUCUCAGAAUCCGAGGGAAAUCUCUUGACAAAGUUUGACUGUAUGGAGAUAGCCAUUGCGAAUGAAAUAUUCAAAAACUGUAAAUUACCACUAACAAUAUGUGGCGAUUUAGAUUUGGAAAGUGGACGUGUGCUUAUUGGCUUCAAAUCAGGAAAUGCGAUGUUUUUGCAACUAAAAAAUCUAAAAACAGCGUUUGCUGGGAAGAAGCAGCAUGUCGAAACUAUAGAUGAUGAAGAUGAUGAAUACAGCGCAUUAUACGGAGAAUCUCAAAACAGCUCCCACACAAGAAUAGUAGAAACGCAGGAACCAUUUGACAUUUCUCUUCUAGAUUCAUUACUUAAUAUAGGGCCACUAACUUCAUUCACAGUUGGUAAAGUAUCUUCAGUAGAGCCAACGAUCCAGAGACUCUCAAAUCCUAACAAAAACGAGUUUUCCAUUGUUGCAACAUCUGGCGUCGGUAAUGGGUCCCAUUUAACAGCAGUUCAUUCUACGGUUCAACCUAAGGUGGAACAAGCUUUGAAAUUCACAAGUGCUACAAGAAUAUGGAAUAUCAAAAUUAAAGGAAAAGAUAAAUACCUUGUCACAACUGACGCAGAUAGGGAAAAAAGUGAUGUGUAUCAAAUUGACAGAAAUUUUGAACCUUUCCGAGCUCAUGAUUUUAGAAAAAAUAGCAAAACUAUCGAUAUGGAAACGAUGUAUGAUGAUAAGAGGAUUCUUCAAGUAACAUCAACAGGUCUUUACUUAUUUGACACUGAUUUUAAAAGAUUAGCUAGACUAACCAUUGACGUUGAAAUCGUGCAUGCGUGUAUUAUUGACCCAUAUAUUCUUUUCACUGAUGCUAGAGGUAAUAUUAAGAUAUAUCAAUUGGAUUCCAAGAAUAGAAAGAAGUUUAUCAAGUUCAAACUUCCCGAGGUUUUAAACGAAAUCAUCAUCACAUCAGGUUCUAUAUUUAAGAGUAAUAUUUGCAACAGAUUUUUACAUGGUUUGGAAAACUCUUCCCAGGAACAGCUACUUUUCACGUUUGUGACAGGUGAUAACCAAGUUAUCUUCUUCACCGAAAAACACAAUGAUAGAAUAUUUCAAUUCAAUGGCGUAGAUCAAUUAAAGGAUAUGCUAUUCGUAAGCACAUAUCAAAUACCAGAUGAGAUAAAUCCCGAUCCAUCUAUCAAACAAAUUAUGCUGAAUAGACUAGGGCAUCGCAAAAGGGAGGAAUUCUUAACAAUUCUAACUUUUGGGGGUGAAAUAUAUCAGUACAAGAAAUCGUCAAAACAUAGCGGAAAACUUUUCAAAUGUAAGACAGAUGCUUUCAUUACAGGUGCUCCAAAUAAUGCAUAUCCUCAAGGAGUAAAUAAAAUUGAAAGGGUGGCACAUCACUUUUCUAAUUACAAUGGGUACUCAGUUAUAUUCAUUACUGGGCAAGUUCCGUAUAUUAUAAUAAAAGAGGACAACUCUCCUUGUAGAAUAUUCCGUAUGACAAAUAUACCGAUUGUGACAAUGGUUAGAUGGGGAAAAAGCUCUGUUAUGUGUGUUGACAAUUUAAAAAAUGCGAGAGUAAUGACAUUGGAUUUGAAUUGCUAUUAUGGUAACUCUAGGGUUCUCCGGAAGAUUGUUGUCGAAGAUGUUGUCGAAGAAUUUGAGACACUUGGAAAUAUUGCAUAUCAUGAACGUACUGGAAUGUACGUUGUGUCGUAUACAAAAUUCAUAGAAUACAAGGCAUUAAGUGAAGAUGGUGAACCCCUCAUUGGUUAUAACCCCGAACAACCUAAUAGCAGAGGGUUCCAAUCUGGAAUUUUGCUAAUCAAUCCAUUAACAUGGAACAUUAUUGAUCGGGUUGACUUGCCCGAAAACUCAUUGGUAAAUGAUAUCAAAACUAUGUUAAUCCAAUUGAAUUCAAAGACUAGAAGAAAGAGAGAAUUUGUGGUAAUUGGUAGCUCUUUCGCUAAAGACGAAGAUCAACCAAGUACUGGAUCGCUAUUAGUUUUAGAUAUAACCGAAGUUGUUGCAGAACCAGGAAAGCCUGAUACAAACUAUAAAUUUAAUGAAAUAUUUCAAGAAGACAUUCGUGGAUCAGUGAACACUGUUUGUGAGAUCAGUGGUCGUUUCAUGAUUGGACAAAGUUCAAAAGCUAUCAUAAGAGAUAUGCAGGAAGAUAACUCUGCCGUACCAGUAGCAUUUCUUGAUAUGCCGGUAUUCAUAAGCGAUGCAAAAAGUUUCUCAAACUUAAUGAUCAUUGGUGAUUCUAUGCAAGGAUUCACAUUUGUUGGAUUUGACGCUGAACCUUAUAGGAUGAUUGUUUUGGGUAAGAGUACAUCAAAUUUCCAAGUUAUGAACGUAGAGUUUCUGGUAAACAAUGGUAAUGUCAAUUUCAUUGUCACUGAUAGACAAAAUAAUUUACAUGUUUUACGAUAUGCCCCAGAUGAACCGAACUCUCUUUCAGGUCAGAGGUUGGUUCAUUGUAAUACUUUUAACCUAUUCUCGACCAAUAAUUUCAUGAAAUUAAUUCGUAAGCAUAAUGAAUUUAACGCUAAACUGUUGAACUACAUUGCCGUUGGAUGCCAAUCCGAUGGCUCAAUGUUUAGAUUGAUACCACUAAAUGAGUCUAGCUAUAGAAGGUUUUACCUAGUAGAACAGCAUAUACUUGAGCAUGAAGUUCCAUUAGCAGGAUUCAAUCCGAAGAUGGAACGUCUUGAUAAUGAGUAUUAUCAUAAAGGUCAUGCGUUAAGACCAACUUUAGACUCACAAGUGCUCAAAAAAUACACCCAAAUUCCAAUCGACAAGAGAAUGAAUAUCGAAACUAGGGUAGGCAGACAUGCCAGUACAGAAUUAUGGCAUGAUUUAUUGGAUAUAGAGUAUUCAUUAAGAUCUUUGACUACUCCUCAACAUGAGUAA